GCCGCGCCUCGUCCAUGGCUGAGGGCCGGCGGCGGGAGGACGAGGAGGAGGAGCUGCGCGAGCGCCGCGAGUUCGGGGGCCCGCGCCGUGCCCGGGGCCGCGCGCUGUCGGGCCACCCCGCUGCAGAUCGCAACGAACGAAAUAAACCAGAGCACCGUUCUUCAAGCCAAGGACCCUUGUCAUCCAUUAGAGCGGUAAUCAAGAGAUCUUCUCGGACUUCUUUUCAGAGUGAGCUUCAUCGAGAAAGGAGGCGCCCAGAGAUCACCAUUGUGGCAGCUGAGCCCCUGAGGCCGGCCUCGUGGUUUCCAGGAGCCCCACCCCCGGGCCUGGGGUAUCCCCCAUCUUCUGCAGCAGGCCCGUGGAGGCCCAGUGAGCUGGUUCCUGCUGAGCUCCCACCAUCUUAUGAACAAGUCAUAAAAGAAAUCAACCAAGUUCAAGUUAAUACUACGAAUAAUAAUAAUGCUGCUGCCCUUCCAAGGCACACAAUUACUUCUGCAACUCAGACUGACUUUUCAGAAGAAAUAGACAACCACCUGCCUCAAAGUGGUGCAACACUACAGGCACCUCUCAAGCCUCUCCAGCCUUUCCCGGAAGUCUCAGCCAGUGAUCUUCCAACAAAUGUGGCGCCUUUAAUAGUCUUUGAUAAUUCUGAAGAACAGAAUUGCCCAGAGAACUCCAGUGCUACAAGAUGUCCGGUGCCAAGACCAAGAUCAAAAGCCAACCUCAGACCAAUAGCCAGAGAUAGUCACCUUAGGGAGCAAAAUCACCACAAAACCAGCCCUGCGGCUACAGAAAAGGAAUCCUCUCUGAGCCAGCCCCAGUCUCUGUUGGACAGUACCAACAACUUGGAUAGUCAGGCAGUGAUGAACAUUAUGAACACAGAACGAAGCCAAAAUACUGUCGUUUCAAGAAUUAAAGCAUUUGAGGGUCAGACAAAUAAAGAAACCUCGGGACUCCCCGCAAAACCAGAAAUUGCACCCCGCACACUCCCCCCAAGGCCUGCUGCUCCCUCAGGGAAACCUUCAGUGGCCCCCAAGCCAGCUGCCAACAGAGCUUCUGGAGAAUGGGACUCCUGGGCUGAAAACAGACUCAAGGUGGCCUCUAGGGAAGGACUCACUCCACACUCUCCACCGCAAGAAGUAGGGAGCAUCCCAGUAACCAAACCUGUAUUGCCAAAGAAACCAAAUGCUGGCCUUAUACGAAGUGUUAAUCAUGAAAUUCUGGGAGGAGGGCCCAUGGCUGAGAGCCCUGACGGUGGGAAGAAAGUCCCAACUCCUGCUCCCCGGCCUUUAUUGCCGAAGAAAUCAGUUUCCUUGGAAAACCCCAACCCUACAACUUUGCUGAAACCAGUCACCGUUCCUCCCCGACUCUCAGUGGCAUCACAGGCCAAAGCAUUCAGGUCACUGGGAGAAGGGCCCCCAGGCAACUCCCCAGCUCCAGCUGUGCAAAGCAAGCCUCCAGGGGACAUUGACCUCAUCAGUUUUGAUGAUGAUGUUUUACCCACCCCAGCUGGGAACCUGGUUGAAGAAUCUGUUGGUUCAGAGAUGGUUCUGGAUCCCUUUCAGCUCCCCAUAAAAACAGAACCAACAAAAGAACGAGCAGUUCAACCAGCUCCCACCAGGAAGCCCACUGUGAUUCGAAUUCCAGCCAAACCAGGAAAAUGUUUACAUGAGGAUCCACAAAGCCCACCUCCUCUCCCUAUUGAAAAACCUAUUGGAAACACUUGCAGUACAGUAUCUGGAAAACUCAGUAAUGUUGACAGAGCAAGAAACAUGGAAUCUGAUCACAUGGGUCAAACAGGAGGCUCUGUGCGAGGACCCCCAAGGUUGCCACCAAGACCUGUAAAUGGAAGAGUUACACCAGCUAGACAACCUCCUCCCAAGGGAGCCCCUGAGAGACCACCUCCCCCCAAACUUUCUGCAGCCAGAGCAUCAAAUAAAAAACUGCCUUUAAAUCGGUCUUCUUCUGACAUGGAUCUUCAGAAAAAGCAAAGUAACUUGGCAUCUGGACUCUGGAAAGCCAAGAGUCAAGUCUUUAAAAACCAAGAUCCGGUGCUGCCCCCUCGCCCCAAACCAGGACACCCUCUCUACAGGAAAUACAUGCUGUCUGUGCCUCAUGGAAUUGCCAAUGAAGACAUUGUCUCCCAAAACCCUGGAGAACUCUCCUGUAAGCGUGGGGACGUACUUGUGAUGCUGAAGCAGGCAGAAAAUAAUUACUUGGAAUGCCAAAAGGGACAAGAUAUUGGCAGAGUUCACCUGUCUCAGAUAAAGAUUAUCACCCCACUUGAUGAACAUCUUAGAAGCAGACCAAACGAUCCAAACCAUGCUCAGAAGCCCGUUGACAGUAGUGCCCCUCACGCUGCUGUUCUUCAUGACUUCCCAGCAGAGCAAGCUGAUGAUUUGCACCUCACUUCUGGAGAAAUUGUUUAUCUUCUGGAAAAAAUAGACUCAGAUUGGUAUAGAGGGAGAUGUAGAAACCAGACUGGCAUAUUUCCUGCGAACUACGUCAAAGUAAUUAUUGAUGUUCCAGAAGGAGGAAAUGGGAAAAGAGAAUCCAUUUCAUCUCAUUGUGUUAAAGGCCCAAGAUGUAUCACUCGGUUUGAAUAUAUUGGAGACCAGAAGGAUGAGUUAAGUUUCUCGGAGGGAGAAAUUAUUAUUCUCAAGGAGUAUGUGAAUGAAGAAUGGGCCAGAGGAGAACUUCGAGACAAAACUGGGAUUUUCCCCCUUAACUUUGUGGAACUUGUGGAGGAUCAUCCCACCUCUGGUGCAAGUAUUUUAAGCACAAAGGUACCACCCAAGACCAAAAAAGAAUAUUCUGGUGCAAAUUCUCAGGAUAGUAGUCUUUCUGGAGAAUGGUGUGAAGCUCUUCACAGUUUCACAGCAGAGACCAAUGAUGACUUAUCCUUCAAGAGGGGAGAUCGGAUCCUGAUCCUUGAGCACGUGGACUCCGACUGGUACAAGGGCAGACUGGGGGACAGGGAGGGGAUCUUCCCAGCAGUCUUCGUGCGGCCCUGCCCAGCUGAGGCAAAAAGUACGUCUGCUUUAGCAAUGAAGGGGAAGAAGGCCAAAGCUUUAUAUGAUUUCCACGGAGAGAAUGAAGAUGAGCUUUCCUUCAAGGCUGGAGACAUCAUAACAGAGCUGGAAUCUGUAGAUGAUGACUGGAUGAGUGGAGAACUAAUGGGAAAAUCUGGAAUAUUUCCCAAAAACUAUGUUCAGUUUUUACAAGUCAGCUAAAGUGGAGGAAAAAAUACAAAGCCUAAGUCAGAACAACAGCACCAUCUACGGGCCUCUCUCCUAAUUGCAAGCUCAUCCUGUUAAAUGACGGAAGGGUCUGCAGACCAGAACUCAACCUGCACAGGUUAAAUGAUUUAUUUGCCUAAGGUCAUACAGGGACGGCGGAGCAAAACAUAGCUGGCUCUACUGAUUCCCAAUUGAGUAUCUUUUUCCAUUUGUGAUGCUAAAGUGAAACAUUUCUGUUCAGCAAUUAAACAAGUAGAUUUGAUCUGAUUUAUUGUUCUGUAAACAUAACUUCUCAGGUAUAAUACUUGUGGUUAGAAUGAAUUGCAGAGAAUUAAAGUCUUAAAUUUCUCUCUCUUCAAGAAAAAAAUUCCUGCUUAGUUUCUCAGUUUUGUGUAGGCAAUUUGUAUAUUGAUUGAUUACCUAGAAACUCAAACAUGAACUGAUCUAUUGAUGGGGAUUCCUUUUUGCUUAAUAGGGAAUUUAUGAAUGCUUGAAACAUUAGGUCAUGAAAAAGUAUGUCUGUAGGGCUGUGUUCUUGGUUGGAGCAAAAAAUUCCUAACUCUAGGUUUUCAUACACAUAUAGUGCAAAACACUGGGUUUUUGUUUUGUUUUGUUUUGUUUUUUAGUAUUUUGGAGUCUAAUAGAUUAACUCAGGCAAUGUUAAGGUAAUAAAUUUAUAUUUCAGAGUCUGGGAUAUAUCCCGAACUUUUUUUUAAAAAGAAACUAUAUGUAAGCCCUGGGUUAUUUAUUUUUCUUCAAAUACUGUAAAUUGGGCAAUAACUCAAUGAAGUAUUUUUCAGGAGAAGUAUCGAUUCUAAUUCAUAAUUUAGAAAGGAAAAUCAUCUAUUAAUUAUCUGUCCUCUUUUAACAGAAAUCAACUGAGACUCUUAAUACCAAAAUACCCAUAUUUAGUUCUUCUUUACAAUUAAAAUUAAAAGGACAGCGACAUUUAUUUCUUCAAUCAUAUCUAAGUUUUUUUAUUCAAUAGAGCACUGACUCAGAGGACCACGGAGGCCCACCACAUUGUUUCCCAAUCCCAGGUAGCCUAUGACUGAAGAGCAGAGUUGUUAAUUCCAAACAGCAUCAGAGCAUGUAACUAAGCGUUCAAUGCAGUACUCUAGGAUUGCUUUGUACAGAUUCAGUUCUAGACCACUGCAAUAAAAUGAAUAUCACAAUAAAGCAAGUCAGAUGAAUAUUUUGGUUUCCCAGUACAAAUAGAAGUUCUGUGUACACUAUACCGUAGGCUAUCAAGUGUGCAGUAGCAUCAUGUCUAGGAAAAAAAAAUUUACAUACCUUAACUUUAAAAUACUUUAUUGCCAAAAAAUGCUAACCAUAUCUGAGCUUUCGGCAAGUUGUAAUCUUUUCGCUGACAGAGGGUGUGGCCUCGAUGUUGAUGGCUGUUGACUGACCAGGAAGGUGAUGCUAAGGGCUGGGGUGGCUGUGGCAGUUUCUUAAAAUAGGACAACAGUGAAGUGUGCCACACUAAUUGACUCUUCCUUUCAUGAACAAUUUCUCUGUAAUGUGAUGCCAAUUAAUAGCAUUUUAUCCACAGUAGAACUUCUUUCAAAAUUGGAGCCAGUCCUCAAACCCUGCUGCUGCUUUAUCAACUAAAUUUACAGAAUAUUGUAAAUUCUUUGUUGUCAUUUCAACAGUCUUCACAAUAUCCUCAUCAGGGGUGGAUUUCAUCUCUAGAAAUCACUUUCUUUGCUCAUGAGAAGCAACUUCUCAUCCCUCUAAUUUUUACCAUGAGAUCACAGCAAUUCAUUCUCUUGCUUUUCCCACCACAUCUGCGGUGACUUCCUCCACUGAAGUCUUGAACUCCUCAAAGUCAUCCUUCAAGAUUGGAAUCAACUUCUUCCAAACUCCUGUUCAUGUUGAUAUUCUGACAUCUUCUCAUGAAUCAUAACUGUUCUUAAUGGCAUCUAGAAUGGUGGAUCCUUUCAGAAGAUUUUCAAUUUACUUUGACCAGAUCCAAUAGAGGAAUAAGCUAUCUAUGGCAGUUGUAGCCUUAUGAAAUAUAUUUCUUAAAUAAAAACACUCAAAAGUUGAAAUUAUUCCUUGAUCCAUGGGCCACAGAAUGGACGUUGUGAUAGCAGGCAUGAAAAACGUUGACGUCCACCUCCAUCAGAGUUUUUGGGUGACCAGAUGCAUUGUCAGUGAGCAGUCAUAUUUCAAAAGGAAUCUUCUUCUCUGAGCAGUAGGGCUCAACAGUGAGCUUAAAAUGUUCAAUAAACCAUGUUGUAAACAGAUGAGUUGUCUUCCAGGCUUCAUUGUCCCACUAAUAGAGCACAACCAGAGUAGAUUUACCAGAACUUGUAAGGGCCUAGGAUUUGAGGAAUGAUAAAUGAACACUGGCUUCAAUUUAAAGUCACCUGCUGCAUUAGCUCCCAACAAGAGUCAGCCUGUCCUUUUAAGUUCUGAAGCCAGACAUUGACUUCUCUCUAGCUAUGAAAGUCCUAGGUGGUUGGUGUCUUCUUCCAACAUACACUUUUUUUCAUCUACAUUGAAAAUCUUUUGUUCAGUAAAGUGUAGCUACUUUAAUGAAUUAUCUUAGCUGGAUCUUCCGGAUAACUUGCUGCAACUUCUCCAUCGGCACUUGGUGUUUCACCUUGCGCUUUGAUGUUAUAAAGAUGGCUUUUUACCUUAACCCUCAUGAACUAGCUUCUGCUAGCUCCAGACUUGUCUUCUGAAGCUCCCUCGCCUCUCUCAGCCAUCAUAGAAUUGAAGAAGUUCAGGCCUUCUCUGGAUUAGGCUUUGGCAUAAGGGAAUAUUGCAGAUGGUUUGAGCUUCUAUCCAGACACUCAAACUUCUCUGUGUCACCAGUAAGGCUGUUUCACUUUCUUACCAUUCAUGUGUUUACUGGAGUAGCACCUUCCCUUUUCUUCAAGAACUUACCUUUGAAUUCACAAUUUGGCUAACUUUCAUGCAAGAGGCUUAGCUUUUGGCCCAUCUCAGCUUUCUACAUGCCUCCUUCACUAAACAUAAUCAUUUCUAGCUUUUGGAUUAAAGUGAGAGAGAUGCAACUCUUCCUUUCACUUGAGCACUUAGAGGCCAUUGUAGGAUUAUUAAUUGGCCUAAUUUCAACAUUAUUGGUCUCGGGGAAACAAUGAUAAUAAUAUCAAAGAUCGCUGAUCACAGAUAGCAUUAUAAACAUAAUAAUGAAAAAGUUUGAAAUAUUGCAAGAAUUACCAAAAUGUGGCACAGAGACACACACUGAGCAAAUACUAUUGGAAAAAUGGCACUGAUAGGCUUACUUGAUGCAGGGUUGCCACAGACCUUCAAUUUGUAAAAACAACAAAAAAAACCAAAAAGAGUUUCUGCAUAGUGCAAUGGAAUGCAAUAAAAUGAGUUAUGCCUGUACCGAGGAGACUGUGGUGUCUUCUCUUUAGACAUAUGAAAUGUCAAAGCUAUUAAAUAAAUACACAGUGAUGAAAAAAUUAUCCAAUCUGUUUAUAUAUACAGAGCACUCUAGGGGAAAAUAAAUGUUAGUGAGCAGAGGCCUGCAUCAUUGCUGGUGGUCAGAGGGGUUUGGCUGGACUAUGAGAAGGCUCGUUGUCCAUUACCAUGAGAGAGUUUGGGGCAAGGUGCAAGAGCAACAGAUUAUAGAGCACUAAAGCACCAUGCCUCUAGAAGGCUAACUACUCAGUGGGAGGAUUGCCCCUAUGCAAGUGUGUCAGGGCCGUUCCCACUAGAUAGAGAUGGAUGGCUGCUAAAGCACAUUGUAUUUGAUGGACAUAAGGAGGGACUACUUGAUAAAGAGAAGAAGGGCAAAUGAUAAGGUCAAAGAAACUGAGUACCCCUGGAAAGAUGAAACUCAGAAUUACUCUCACAAAUAGGGCUGCCAGGCAGACCUCAAUACUGAUGAUCCCUACAAGCCAGCAGCCAAGUCACUCAAGCUGGUGCCCAACUGCAGAAAGUAAGGUUUUCUUCUUUAGGAUUUGGUAAUAAGGACCACUGGCAUCAGACCAUAGAUGGCAAUAAUAACCAUAACCACUGGAAUGUUGGACAGUACAAUCAGAUCUAGCCAUGUGAUUUCCUGGGGGUGGUGCCCAAGCCACCAUGCAGAGCCAUACAUGGAGCCAAAGUCCUGAAUACCAUGGCAGCCAAGAAGCCCACGACAGAGAGGUAUGUUUAGAUUUGGUUCCAGACCUAAGUAGGUAGGAAGGAGUAAGUUCAUAGUGUGGGAGGCAUAUCCCAGAAUGGGACAGACACUAAAAUGCCACAUGUCCAUGACCUAGUUGGUUAGAUCCAUUUUUUAAAAAAAUUAGAGCAUAAUUUGCAUAAAAUGUAUAGAUAUUAAGUAUAUAAUUCUGUGAGUUUUGACAAUUCUGUAUACUCAUAAGUAUCAAUAAAUACAUAGAACAUUUCCA